AUGCUGCGACGGGGCUCACUGCUCGCUACCACGCCGACGCGAGAGCCCUGCAUGUUCCCUCGACAAGCACAAGCACGCCGACUAGAUCUGUCUAUUCCUAGUAAUAUCUACACCCCAUGUACGAUAUCCCAUUUGUCACCCUCCCGCUAUCGGGCUUUGCGCCCGGCCAUCGACGGCCUACUUACUUCCAAUGCUCAUCUGAACCGUUGGAUCCUGCGCGCAUCAUGGACUCCACCGCACCCCCCGAUCUUCGUCAUUGGCAGUGCUGGCGAGACUGGCGACUUGGGAUGCACACCGCCCUGCCACACCCCUGCGAUCCCUUGCAUCCAGCACGAUGCGUAUAGCGUCUCUGUCCAUGUCCGCGUAGGCGCAGAUCCUGCUUGA